AUGCACCCUACUUUCUUUACAGCAGGACUUCUUUUCCUCCAAGCGGCCCUCGCUGCGCCGCACCACCCAAGAAGCUACCAUUCAAAGCCAGCUUCCACCGUUUUCCAGCUCGAGCGCAACGGGAGCUGGUUUGAAAACCUCGCUGUACGGUCCGACGGUAGGCUCCUCGCCACACGCAUCGAUGCCCCUGAACUCUGGUCCAUCGAGCCGAACAUCAACAGCAGCCAUCCAGGGCACGGCUCUCUCCUCGUCACCUUCCCCGGCGCCAUGAGCACACUCGGCAUCACAGAAAUUGAUUCUGAUGUCUUCGCUGUCGUCGCCGGAAACAUCUCCCUCCCGAACAUCAUCCCAACCCCCGGCUCCUUCGUCAUCUGGACGGUUGACCUCACCCAAAAAGCCCCCUCGACCCAGGUCCUAGCACAUAUGCCGUCCGGGGAAUUCCUGGACGGAAUGACCAAGUUUAGCGACGAUUUCCUCCUGAUAUCGGACGCUUCUAAGGGGGUAAUCUGGCGCCUCAACGUGAGGACGGGCGAAUACUCUGUGGCCCUAUCGUUUGCCUCGAUGGUCCCGGCCGCCGGGCAGCCCGUGAUGGUAGGCGUGAAUGGGCUCAAAGUGCUAGGGAACUAUGUCUACUACACCAGCACCAGUCAGGAAAUCUAUGCGCGUAUCCCGACCGAUAAUAAUGCGACGGCCGUGGGCUCAGCCGAGAUCAUCACUAGCGGAUUUACCUUUGAUGGCUUUGCACUGAUGGCUGAUGGGACGGCAUACCUCACGACGAACCCGCAGAAUGAGGUGAUCAAGGUCUCAUCUGAGGGACGUGUCCGGUUGCUCGCAGGGAACCAGUUCAUGCUGGCAGUGGGCGGACCGACUGCUGCUGCCUUGGACAAGGAGCGUUCGGUCCUGUAUGUGGCGACCAGUGGUGCCCAGUUCGCGCCAGUUAUGGGACGCAUGGAACCUGCGAAGAUUGUGGCCAUUGAUUUGUAGCUUGUUCGCCGUAUCAUAGUGUCCUUGAUGUCUUUCUAUCAAAACCGAAAGUUUUGCCCUGG